AUGACUUCGCUCGGAACCUGGCUUUGGGGCUCCUCCCAGCUCGACGAGGCUGUCGAUAAAGCGACGAGCGAGCUACUUCCCGCCGGAACGGAGGACAUCGCGCUGAACCUCGAGAUCUGCGACCAGAUCCGCUCAAAGUCCGUCCAGCCCAAAGACGCAGCGCGCGCCCUCAAGCGGCGGCUGAACCACAAGAACCCGAACGUGCAGCUCCUCGCGCUGGGACUGACGGACGUGUGCGUGAAGAACGGCGGCGACCAUUUCCUGGUCGAGGUCGCCAGCCGCGAGUUCAUGGACAACCUCUCGUCACUGCUACGCUCGCCCAGUAUCAACGGACAAGUCAAGUCCAAGCUGCUUAGAUUUAUCCAGAACUGGGCGCUGGCGUUCGGGCAGAAGCCGCAGCUGGCGUACGCGGGCACAGUGUACCGCGAGCUCAAGCGCGACGGGUUCGACUUUCCGCCCGAGGACCCGGCGUCGCUGUCGACGGCCAUGGUCGACACCGCCACCGCGCCGGAGUGGAUCGACAGCGAGGUGUGCCUAAGGUGCAGGGACGCGUUCAGCUUUACGAACAGGAAGCACCACUGCAGGAACUGCGGGCGCGUGUUCGACCAUAAGUGCUCGGCGAAGAGCCUGCCGCUGCCCCAUUUUGGCGUCGCGCAGGAGGUCAGGGUGUGUGAUGGGUGUUAUAAGGAUUUGACGAAGAGUAAGGCUGGGGAGGGGAGCGGGAGUAAGGGACAUGCGCAUGGACAUCGGAGUAGUAAGAGUGUCCCCGGCGGGAGCUCGAGGAAGAGCGCGAGGGCGUAUGAGGACGCGGAGCUCCAGCGCGCUAUUGCUCUUUCGCUCCAAGAGACCUCUGCGCGCGGCGAGCACGGUCGGCCAGGAUACGUGCCCUACCAGCCUCAGUACGCCGCAUCCGAACCGCCUCUGGCAGCGGGAGACGACGAAGACGCAGACAUGAAAGCAGCGAUCGAAGCUUCCCUCCGCGAAUCGUCCGCCCCGCGUCCCUCAGCACCACUUGAAACGCCCCGCGCCGAGGCCCCAUCAUUCAACUACGGCUACGCUAAUGGGACAUCUCAAUCGUACCCGCCGUACUCAUCUUCUACCACGCCUACGCCGUACGCGCCAUAUGGAGCAGGAGCUCAAGCGGCGCCGGUACCGACGAGUCCGAACGAGCUGAGCCCGUUGGAGGCGGAUACGAUUAUGACGUUCUCGCAGACGGUUGAGACGCUCGCUGCGCAGGGUGGGCGCGAUCUGGGGAGGUAUCCGGCGCUGGGAGAGUUGAGGGAGAAGGCGGCGGGGUUGAGGCCGAAGAUGGCUGUGGGGCUCGAAGACGCCGGUCGGAAAGAGGACUUGUUGGCGGAAAUGAACGAUAAACUGGCACAAGCUGUCAAGCUGUACGACUCGCUUUUGACGGAACAGCUGUCCCGCCCAAGGCACUCGUAUGUACCGCAAUAUGGUCAACCACAGCAGGCGUACGGUCAACCGCAACAGCAGACGGCGUAUGGCCAGCCGCAACAUCAGGCCUAUGGACAACCCGCGUACGGCCAGCAGCAGCCAAUACAGCCCCAGCAGACGGGUUACCAGCCGUCGUACACCCCAGCUCCGCCACAGCAGCAACAGGCCUACGCUCCGCAGCGCCAGCCGACGCAGCCGUAUACGCCGCUUCAGCCGCAGCUUACUGGUCUUCAGCAGCAGUACCCGCAGCACGUCGCGUCGCCACCACCUCUGCAGCAACAGCAAUCAUACGCCCCGCCACCUCCGCAACAGCAACAGGCAUACGCCCCACCGCCGCCACCGGCCCAACAACAACUCACAUCAUCGCCUCCGCCCUCUCAACCCUCUUACGCGCCCCAAUCAUUCGCACCACCGCCUCCCCAACCGUUCGCGCCGCAGCCGCCGCAGCCCGUCAUGUCACCGCCGCCGGUCCAGUCGUCGCCUGUACAGUCGUUCGUGCCGUCCGCCCCACCGCAGACACAGGCUUAUGCGCCGAGCGCGCCGCCGCCUGUUAUGUCGCCGCCGCCUGCGUCUGUCGUAUCGCCUCAGCAGCAGUCGUGGCAGCAGCAAUCGUAUGCACCGUCCGCACCGCAGUCGUACGCACCACCGCCGCCCGCCCAACAACAACAACAGCAGCAACAACCGACCUACGCCCCUCCGCCUCAGCAGCAGCAAUACCAGCAGCCACAACAGCAAUACCAACAGCCCCAAGCCAUGCCCGUGUUCCCGUCUGCGCCGACGACGGUGCCUGUGCCGACGUAUUCGGCGCCGGUGGUGCAGCAGAGGGAGGUUGCGUUGAUUGAGCUUUAG